UCUGUUCAUAGCAGAAGUGUGUUCUUACUGAUGUUGACAGAACGUCUGCCAGCAACAUUAUGACGGGCGAUCCUAACAAGGGACUUCCGCUUCCUAGCGGACCAGCGUCUCUAUGUUUUGAUAAGGAUAUUUUUAUGCAGGAAAACUUCGAUGUAGACCUGUUUGUGAUUGAGUGCCGUAGAAGAGUCCCUUUAGAAAACCUCAGAGAUGACCUCAACACAUACUUGAAGAUACUGAGGAGUGCGAUGAUUGAGCUCAUCAACAAGGACUACGCAGACUUCGUCAACUUGUCAACAAAUCUGGUUGGAAUGGAUAAAGCCAUUGGAAAUUUAACGACACCACUCGAACAUCUGAAAGAGGAAGUUCUGACAGUGAAAACUGCCAUGGAGGAUGCAAUACAUGCUGUAGAGGAGAAGCUGAAAAAGAGAGAACAAAUCCGACUGAAGAAGGCCUCACUUCAAAGACUGAUGAACAUAAUCCAUUCUGUGGAGAAGAUUGAAAAAUUACUGGGCAUUCAUUCUGGGGAUAACAACUCUAUGUCGGGACAGUUAAAUGGACAGUUGAUUGAGAGAGUGGCAAAUGAAUUCAACAAACUUCAGUUCUAUGUCACUAAAAGUAAAGGAUUGCCUUUGGUUGAGGAGAUAAAACCGAGAAUAGCUAACAUCACUACAACACUACAAUACAGUUUGGAGGGCCAACUCCUGGAGGGGCUCCAAAAGGGGAAUCUUCAGGUUCUGCACCAGUGCCUUAGGACGUACGCACUUAUCGACAAAAUUAAGGAUGCUGAAAAUUUAUUCAGACAGAAUGUGGUUGGACCGUACAUGGAAGAGAUUAUUAGUGAGCAGUGCCUGAAACAUCACGGCUUGGAAGGAAUGUAUGCCAAGGUUUUGGAAUUCAUACCAAAGCAUUGUCAUCUGCUGAAGGAAGUCACUUUGUCAGGGAGCUCAGGGUCAUCUGAAGUCGUCAGAGGUUAUGAUUUUCUCGUCAAUGCUGUAUGGCCAGAGAUUGUGACAAACAUAGAAGCUCGAACACACUCCAUUUUUGCUCCAGGGAAUCCGGAUGUUUUUCAUAAAAGGUUCAAAAUAAGCAUGCAGUUCUUGGAUGAUUUUGAAGUGCAGUGUGGGACACAGGCAAGUGUCAAACGUUUGCGGGACCACAGCAGUUACCAUACCUACAUGACCAAAUGGAGUUUACCAGUUUACUACCAGAUAAGGUUUCAAGAUAUUGCUGGGGAGUUUGAGUCAGCUUUAGACAUUCCAUUUAACAGAGCAUCAGGAUCCUCGGAUUUCCAGCUUCAUUCUACAGCCGUUCUGUGGUCCUCCCUACAUCGAUGUUGGUCAGACGAGGUUUACCUGGACCUGCUCUGUAACCGGUUCUGGAAGCUAAAUCUACAACUCCUCAGCAGAUACUCACAUUGGCUGGAUGAAUGCUACGAGACGGAGAUUGUACAUAGGAAAACCACGGAAAAAGAGAGCACCGACACCAGCAAGACAAAGUCGUCGGUGCCAACCGACAAACAGAACGGGAGCGGUGAUAAGGCUAGCUCCACAAUAGAAGGGGACACAACUCCCCUCAGUCCCCCUGUAACCAAUAGUCAGCUGCUGAGUCUUAUGUCAGAUGCCCUUAACCUAGCAUCUCAUAUAUUCCAAAUGUUUGAUAGCACGAUAAAACCUAGACUUCUGGCAGUAGGAUUUACCGAUAGAGAACAUGUGAAAGAUUGUUUGACUGAGUGUAGUGAAGAAAUAAAAGCAAAACUGCCAAGGUUCCAAGCCCAUCUUGUAGAGGAAAUCACUACACAGUGUUCGGUACAUAUCAAGCAGGUCAACGACAUUCCACGUCUGUACAGGAGAACCAAUAAAGAGGUACCGAGUAAACAGUCGGGCUAUGUGACCAAUCUUCUGAAACCCAUAAAGAUGUUUACAGAGGAACACUCGGAGAUACUAGAUGAGAAACUAAAACUCCAGAUGUUUCAGCAAGUGUUUGACAGCUUAACCGACUUGUACUACUCAGCCACAGCAGAUGUUUUGAUGUCUGUGAAGAAGGUGGAGGACAGUUUAAAAAGACUGAAAAAGAAUCGCGGAACAGAGAAGACAACUGGAAGCCAAGGAAUGACUGACGAUGAUAAAAUACGACAGCAGUUUAUAGUGGACAUAGAAAACUAUGGUGCCCAGUUGAAUGAAUAUGGAAAUUUUGAAAGCAUGGGAAGCUUGAAAAAGCUACAGUCCUUGGCAGAGGAAGCAAAGAGUGCAAUGACUAUGACACAAUGACCUCGUUAUAACUGUGCCUCAGAAGUGUGAUCACUGAAGGGCCCAUAGUUAAGGAGGAAAAUUAACACACCAAAAACAUUGUUAUGGAUGGAAAGUGACAGACAUGUGCAAUGAUGUUUCAAAAUUAAAAAGUUUAGGGAAAGAUCAAAAAGCCUUUCAGGUCUGGAACUCAUGAUCAACAUGUCAGCAACUGAGCUAACAAACUUGUACAUUAAAUGAGCUAAUCAGUUGAUCAACAAUUCUAAAAUCUGAAGAACGAUUCUAUGACCAAUAUAUUUCCAUGCAUUUAUUUAUGAUUCCUUAUUGUUACAUAACAGGGUUUUAGAUUU